CUAAUGGGAGGAGGGGGUGGCUGCCAUUGGGAGUUGCAGUUCAGCAACAGCUGGAGGGCCAUUUGGAUGCUGUAGGGUGUAAGGAGAUCCAGGCAACUUAUAGCUGGGAUGCACCAAAUCCAGGAUUCCAUUCGGGAUCCAGAACCAAACCCUACAAGUCACAUGACAAUUCUUUUUUUUUUUUUGUUCACCAAUAAUGUCAUUUUUUUUUAAAUUAUAAAUGCAAAUUAGGCAUUCGCAAAACCUUCCAAGGGUUCUGUGUUGGCUAUACAUAUUUCACAUAUUUUAUUUGACGUUCAGAUAAACAAGAGAAACGAAUAUGACCCCAAAUACCUUGCAGGCUCGGAAGGAUGUGCUGUAAUAGGUACAAUGGCAUCUUAUUUGCAAAAAUGAAUAGAUAAAAACAUAGACAAACUGACAAAAGCGAACUAAACCAGUGGAUUGGCUGUGUCCCUUUCUGCACUGCCGGUUCUAACUCUUGAAACAAUGUAGCUGAUUUCAGCCUUGCAUGCAUCAUUACAGGAUUAUCCCUAAUUACAUAUAUCUAUAUUUAUAUAUAUAUGUGUGUGUGUGUGUUUCAAUGACCUGUGCCCAUAAAGUACGGGGAAUGAUGUGCCUUGGGAGGGCUGUUGUGCACUCGGCAGCCCCUGAAGCAGUGAUUCAGAGGAACUGAUGUCAUUGUAUGACGGGGUGUGCGGGUGAAUAGAGAAGAGGAGGGCUCUGGGAAGAGGAGGAGGAGGGAGCAUGGUGAUACAGCAGGACAAUACCAGGCAGAGCUCAUCAUAACAAGGCAAGUGACUGAGCGAGGCGAGUCAGGGAGAGAGGCUGCAUUCAGCAUCCAGAGCAAUGGGAAUGGGAGAUGUAGCCGGUGACCGGGGCUGGAAUGUCAGCUUGUCUGCACAUCACCGUGUCUGCUGCACCCCAGGCUUAGAGAGAGGCCUCCAGGCUUUACUGGUGCAAUAAGGCAUCUGCCCCUGCUAAUCAUUUUGCAUCUGUCUGCAGGCAACCUGGAGUAUGAUCUCCCUUCCAGACCACAAGUGAGCAGAUAAACACCCGCAGGACUCCUGGCUGCAGCACACGGCUGUUGUUGGAGGAAAGUGUCCGGAGGAAAACUGCCGUCCCCACAGGGUGCCGAGCGCAGAGGGCCCCACAUUGGCUGGUUCCUCCCCCUGCGCCUGGCCAUGGACUCUGUAUUCAGCCAUGAUCUCAGCAUCAUCACCCAUGAGACCUUUGUGCAGGACGAUGAGGAGGACUGGGUGGACAGCCCCAACACCGACCAGUCCGGAGACAUGUGCUCGGCCUCUCACUUUGCCCUAAUCACCGCCUACGGCGACAUCAAGGAGCGUCUGAGCUCGCUGGAGAGAGAGAACCUCACGCUGAGAAGGAAACUCAAAGUCUAUGAAGUCAAGUAUCCCAUUAUAUCGGAAUUUGAUGAUGAUCAGAACUUCUCUCCCUAUGACUCCAAAGAAGAUUCGCUGCUGAGGACAAAGACCUCACAACACGAGCUUCAGAAAUGUCAGGAGAACGAGGAGAAGAUAGAAGAGAUGGUCCGAACAUGCGAGAAAAUGUGUGCGGAGCGAGGCGAUAUGCAGGAGGAGCUGAGUGAAAUGAAAGGUUUGGUUCUGACCCAUGUGGCCCACAUCCAGUCUCUGGAGCAGCAGUUACAGAUGUGCACAGAACCUCAUCCCUUUCCUGGCUCGGCCCUAACGGAUCCAGACAUGCAGUAUCUGUCACUUCAUCACGGCCACGACAUGUCACACGUCCUUGACCAUGCCAUGAGCUGGCAUGCCCCCCGUAGCCUGGACCUGCAGCGGGAAGUUGGGGUGCAGAGACGAGAUGCCGAACUGGAGGAAGCGCGGAGAGAUCUGCAGAAUGCACAGCGCAGAGAAAAGCAGCUAAAGGAAGAUGUGAUGCGUCUGGAGGAAGAACUGAAACAGCUGCAGGAGGCCCGGGACCAGGAGCUGGUCACUGGACAGACCCAGCGGGAGAUGGCCUGGCUCAAGGAAGUUGGGGAUGACCAGGUAAAUCUAGCUCUGGCUUAUACUGAACUUACGGAGGAAUUGUAUCGUCUCAGAGACCUCACUGCUUUACAGAGCCGGAUCCUGAGGACACUGCUAGAAGAGCAAGCAGGUCAGAGGCAUUCACCUCCACAUCAUCACUCUCCUUGUUCCCUGCGACAUUCCCCUUCCUCCCUCCGGCACUCCCCCUCUUCCCAGCGACGCUCUCCUGCUCCACAAUGCCCCUCUCCAAUCCUUCAGCGGAGGUCCCCUGUCCCGCAGUCUCCAGCCCACCAGCGACGCUCACCAGUGCCAUCUUCUCCAUCACGACGGUCUCCUGUCCCAAUCUCUUGCCCUUCCCCUGGACCAACUGAUGUUUCCUAUUCCAAGCCGGCAACCCAUGAGGUAAAGGCCUCUUUCCAGGCCCGGCGUAGCUACUCUGAGAUCAGUGAGGCUACUCUGUACCCACGAGCACCUCGUUCCCUGUGGAUGCCCACUGGCACUGCUACCUUGCCCAAGCAGCGUUCCUACAAUGAAGGCUAUGCAGGCAGCCCCCCAGCACUCCAUUGUUUCCAGGAUGCUUCGCAGCAGUCCUCCGAUGAAGACGAAUGGAGCCCCCCAUCACCUCCUAGUCCUGAAACUGGAGCAGUACGCUGUGCAUCUUUUUGUGCAGGGUUUCCCAUCCCAGACAUUGGCAGCAGGAGAAUGUCGGCAUCAUAUUCGCGGGCAGAGCAUGCACAGUCCUGGCCAUCUAUCAAUCUGCUGAUGGAAACGGUGGACUCUGAAGUGAGAAGCUGCCCUCUUUGUCAGCUGGCCUUUCCCGUCGGGUACCCAGAUGACGUCCUAAUCAAACACAUAGACUCCCAUCUGGAGAACAGCAAGAUAUAAAGAGGAGGAGGAGGAGGAGGCGUUUUUAUCCCAGUCUUGGCCAGUGAGGUGUGACACUAAAACUAGACACUAAUUAAAACACGAGACAAAACAGAACACAACCUGGUUAGUUAUAAAGAUUGCGAGUGGGUACCAAGUAUGUAAACACUGCAAAUAAUCUCACUGCACUCUGUAUUUGUCUAUAGGCCUAUAGUGAACACAAAACCACACUGUCAUAUACUACUUUGUAUCUAUACACUGUUAUCACUUGCACUGCACAGUAUAAUGAUGCUGAGUAUCUUUAUACAUGAAUGAUGCAAUGUAUAAGAUGCUGAGUGUCUGCAUACUCAUUGUGAACACAUAACACUGUAUUAUGAUGCUGUUAACAACAUAAGAAACUGGAAAAAUACCAUGAUAGCGGAAAUACGAUACUUUUCAACCAGAUACGGGAAAUUGUACUUAAGGACUCCCUGCACUUUACACCUUGAACAUAGUGGCACCGUGUGCUGUAUUCUAAGACCCUUUUAGCCUCCUCCUCUCCUUGAAGGUGGGUCGGAGGAGCCCUUCUUGUGCCUGCUUGAGUUGUCCUGCUUCUGUUCUGUGUCAGGUUGCGAAAUAUCUCCUUUGGGGGCUCCUGCUGUCACCCAUGGGAACGAAUGAAUCUGACCUUCCUGGGAAAGAGGAGAAACCGACCUUCCAGAAACAUUACAAUGAUAUACUGCUGCUCUCACUACCUUGUAUUGUGGCGGCCAUCUUUACGUCUGGGGGGGGGGGAAUACCCUCAGACAAGUAGCAGUGUGAGGAGCAGACGAGGAAGAGACCAUAUCACUAAAUAACGAAUGUGCAAUUUAAAAGACUAACAAGGCUCUUGUUAACCCUCUCACUGCCAGAUCAGCCUGAUGAGCACUGCCGUGAGUACUCUCCUUUGCAUGCAGAGAAAUAUCCUGGCCAGGCUAUGGCAUAUAGGGGGUUAAAUAUUAUUAAGCUUCCUGAAGGGAGUGAUUUCUCCCUGACAUGUUAUACCUCAGCCCCAAUCCUGUGUGUGAUAUAUGUGUCUGUAUAUAUAUAUAUUUAUAUUUAUAUAUAUAUAUAUAUAUAUAUAUAUAUAUAUAUAUAUAUAUAUAUAUACAUGCACAUAACAUAUAUUUGUUUGUAUAAUAUCUACUUGUGUAUAAUCAUCGAGCCUGCAUAACAACAUCUGUACUUCUGGCUCUGCUGGUCCAACGUCUUCCCACAUUGUCAGGUUCGGUGGCGUUUUCGUGAGUGGGGGCGGUUGUGCAGAACAUUGUGUGAUGUGCUCUGCAUGACACCGAUGUGACGCGUUGCACUGCUUGUUGUUCCACCGUGAAGUUGCGCUUUGCAGCGUGUGUGCUGCUCUCUGUACGAUGCUGCGCUGCAGGUUACUCUGCUGCCCUCACUUCUGUCCUCAAUAAAUCAAUUAAAGUUUUCCUUUUUUUCUAA